CAAAAAUCGAUAAUUCUCGAUAUUGCCUUCGAUUGUUAACAAACUUCGUGUUAGGUAAAAAAAAACAAAAAAAAAUAUAUAUAUUCUCUAAGAGAAACCUUUGUUUAUGUGUACUAAAUAUGUAAAUAAGUUAGGUAUCAAUGUUUUCCAUAAAAACAAGCACAUGUUCGAUUGAGAUAUUAAAAACCUAAAAAUUACAUAUUUCUAAUCAAAAAAUAACUUCAUUUUAAGUAAAUUUUAGCUGAUAACAAAGUAAAUAAAAAAAAUGACAAAGUCAAAGAAAAAUAUAACCUCAAUAGAGGAUCAGGAAGAAAUUGAAAUUCCUUCAAAACGACAGAAAUUACAGGAAAAUAACACAGAGGAACUUGUUAUUCAAGAGACAAAGAAGAAAAGAAAGAAGAGUGAAACCAAAAUAACUGAAGAAAUUUCAGCGAACGUGGAAAAUGGGAAAGAAGUUUUAAGUACUAAGAAAAAAUCGAGAAAAUCUAUUGAUGUUAGAGUCGAAGAGGAAAAUAAUCCUGACGAGAAAAAAAUGAACAAAAAUAUCCAAGAGACAAAUAAUGAAGAAAAAGUUACUAAAUCAGUCAAAUCAAAAAAAUACGAGAUAACUGGAAAAUCUUUAAGGACCAGUUUUCAACGUGAAUAUGCGUUUGAUGAAGUUCGAACAUUUGUCACCAUGUGCAAUGAAAAUAAAAAUUACGAUUUAGCUGCCGAUUAUCUUGAAGAAGGUGGCAGUGUUCUUGAAAUUCUUAAAACAUUUGACACCACUGAUAAAAAAAAUAUAAAUAACAUUACUACUUUAUUCUCCGCUAUUCAUAUUCUAACCAUGAAAGUCUUGGGAUUAUAUCCCGAAGGUUCAGAACAAUAUACAAAAACAGAAGAAAUUUGUCGACGAUUAAUAAACACUCAUACAUCGUCAAUGCAAUCAAUGCUUUCAAAUCAAAGUAAUGCAAAACAACGGAAAAUAAUAUUAAAAAUGCUCACAACAAUGAUAACACUCGGUGGUACUAUUCCACGUGAUAUUUUAACAAAUCUCUCGUUAAAUUCACAAAUUUUAGAUGUAGUAACACGUCUCACAAAACCAAAUGAUCCAAAUAAUGUGAGAACAUCAUUUAUUCACUUUAUCCUCGCUUUUCUCGUCGAUGGACGCAAUAAUACAAUUAGAUUACUUUUGGAAAAACGUGACUUACUGUCAAGUAUUUUUCCCGAUUUAAUAUACGAUUCACACGAUACAGUUCAUUUAACAUUGCAAACUGUAAAAAAAUAUGUUCUCGAAAAUUCAACAAUCAGUAAAACAAUGAAACUUCAUAUUUUCACCACACAAGUUGUACAAGGUCUUGUGAAUUUAUAUAAUUGGAAGGGACCAACAAAUUGGCCGGGACUAAAGAAGGAGAAAGAAAAAACUAAAAUUGAAAAAAUCGAUCCCGAGGAAAAAGAGAUUGCAGUUGAAGCUGUACACGAAUUUCUUCUAAUUCUCAUGACAUCAAAAAGAUACGGAAUUAUAUUUCAAGAUAAGACUUUAGGCACUGGUCAGGGUAGAAAGAAUAAUCAAUUAGUGAGCACAGUUUUAAGAAGUCUCGAUCGUCCAUGGGAAUAUGAUAAACCUGGCGAUUUAGUUGUUCAAAUUUUAAGAGCUUGUCCGGAUUUAAUGAAAUCACAACUUAUUCUCACAGAACCAUUCCUCUCGCCAAAAGUAACGAUAAAGUGGAUUAAAUUAAUGAAGUUUCUAAAUCAGGUAAUUAGUUCUUUAGACAUUGAAAGAUGUUUCCAGGAUGCCAAAGAAUUGUCAGAUGUAAAAAUUGAACAAUUUGCAAAUACUGUGAUAAAUUUAACGCUUCCAACUACAAUUUUAAGAAAGGCAAUUGCUCCGGCAUUACUGCACAGUAACAUUAGAGUACGACACGAAUGUGUUUUACUAUUCACGACAAUGUUAAAUCAAACAAAAAAAUUAUUAACACUAGCCGAAGAUUCGCUUGAUUGUAAAAAAUUCAGGACGUUCAAUAAUCAUUUGAUAGAAUACAUGACGGAUAAUGCUCCAAUUUUUGAAAGAUGUUUGAGAGUAUGGAAAAAAGCACUCGAACCCACUGAAUCUGAAAUAACUGAAGAACAAAUUGAAAUUCCUUCGAUAGAUGAAAUUUUAGUAUCGAUUUUAAAUUUAUUGAAAUCAUUUCAUGAAGCAUUUCCAGCAUUAGUUUAUGUAAAUGUAAAAGCCGAUGUCAAUUAUGCAAUGUUAUUAAAUGGACUCACAAAUCCAUUGGAUAUUGAAGAAAAUUUACAAAGUGAUAUAAAUAUACUGGCUAUUGAUUUUCUUCUUUCUACAAAUGCUUUCAUGUUUACACCAGUCCAGGAACUUUACGGACAGGCCCUUUUAUUUUUGUUAAUGGCCCUUGAUGUGGAAUCGCCAUUAUUUGAUAAAGUGAAAAGUUCCAUUAUUAAAUUACUUGAAGUGCCACGAGCAUUUUAUGAAUGUGAAGAUCAAAUAGAAAUUUGGCUAAACACUUUCCUUGGAUUAAAGAAUUUUGAUGAACGACUCGAAAUUUCCACGUGGUUCGUGAAAGUUGUUAAUCGAAUUUAUAAAAAUGUGGAAAAAUAUCAUUUGGCCAUAAAAACAGCAGAAGAAAGCUGCGGUAUUGAAAUUGAAAAAUAUAUGAGCUUUUUCCAAGAAUUAAAAACAAAAGGAGCCUAUUCCAAAACUGAAGACAGAUUACAAUAUGUAACAUCUUUGCCACUUGUUCUAUGCUCAGCAUUAGAUUUAUUAAAGAAGAAAUCAACCGAAAAUUUAAUUCGUUUUAUGAAUGAAAUUUUAGUUCACACAAUUUAUUAUCAAGUGAAACCUGAUCCGUUGAUUUAUUUAACAAAGGAUAUAAAGGAAUUGAAAUUGGAGCAGUAUCUUUAAAUUCAAAGUCUGAUAUCACAUUUUUUUUAUUAUUAUCCAUAUAGAUAUAAAUUUAUCAGAUUUUUAUAGAUAAAUGUUAUCUAUAUCAUUACAUUUUUUUUUGUGAUACAGGAGUAAGAGAUUUUUUUAAUUUUUAUAAAAUAUAGCAAAUAUAAUUGCAAAGCGUCAAAAAAAAAAUGUACGUGCAUGUAAACAUGUUUCUAAACUAUAUAACCUAUAAUUUAAAAAGAGAAUUGUAAAAUAUUCUUCAAGUUUGUAAAUAAAUAUUCUAUAAAAUUAA